UUGUUUUGAUCGCGCGCUCGGAGAGCAACAUGGCUUUUUCUCUUCUCCAAUUCAUCCUUUCUGCUCAUGGAUCUAUGGAGACUAGAAACCAGGACUUUCAGCCUUGGAAGGACUACAUGGGUUUGGCGGACAUGAUCAGAGGCAUGAAGCGGCAAGAAAUGCAAUCUGACGCGGAUUCAGACGAACAGGCUGCCGCGCUGCUGGAGUCUCCAAGCGGCCCGAUUCGGUCGCGCGACUCACCGGAGCAGAACACGAGCCCGGGGGGCGGUAAACCCAAGAGCAGCCCAGCAGAGAGAAAGUUCUGCAGCUUCUGCAAACACAACGGCGAGACUGAGGCCGUGUACACCUCUCACUACUUAAAAAACCGCGAUGGAGACGUGAUGUGCCCGUAUCUCCGACAGUACAAGUGUCCCCUGUGUGGGGCCACCGGGGCCAAAGCGCACACCAAGAGAUUCUGCCCGAUGGUGGACAAGAACUACUGCUCGGUGUACGCCAAAUCAACAUGGUGAAGCGGACAUUGAUGCUCCGGUAGAUUUGAAGAAACACUUUUUACCGCAGGUUUUAAUGUUUAAGUUUUAACUCUUUAAUUGUUUGUUUGGUUGAUACGCGGCGGAUUGCGAGUUUGCAUGCAUGUGUGCGUUCACUGUUUGAUUUUGCACUUUUUUUGUGUGUGUGUAUAUGUGUGUGUUUGCUGUGUUUUAUUUUGUGUGCACUGGUGUUGUGUUUUCACUUGGUAACAAACUUGUACACAAGCCAGCAGGCUCGCUACAGGCGCAACCGCACUCAAAAACAAACCCUUUCAUGCUUAUUUGGUAAAUACAAUGUGUGUUUAGUCCUCCUUUUAAAUGUCAGAUUUUAUGGUGUUGUAUUUAAACAAAAAAUUCAAUGUUAAUAUUUAGAUUUUAGUGAUUUUAUUAUUGAAAACGGCUUGUUUUGUAUAAGUAACCUUUAAAAAAAGUUUUCUCCAUUGCAUUUAAAUUCAGUUUGAAAAACAUAAUCGCCAUAUUUUCAUGUCGCUUGCUAAAAUUCAUGUACUACUUUCAUCAUUUUAUGUCAGUGUGUGAUUUUUGACUUGUGAUGGAGUGAAAAAUGUGAGGAAAAUAUAAACAUUUUCUCUAGACUU